AUGUCUUCAGAAGAUGAGAACAAAUCAGAUAGUGCUGUUCCAAAAGCUGAAGAGAGUAACAAGGAAAAAGAAACCUAUUUUACGCAAUCAGAAGCCAAGUCAGACGCAGUUCCGCCUUCUCCGGUUGUAUCUAGUGAAAAAGAAGCUCCAUCCCAGAAUUCGAGCGUACUCAUGGUACCAGAAGACGGAGAUCCUCCUGGAAAUGCUAGCCUUUACAGUUUUCCGACGUAUGGAGAAUCCAAGUCUUCGAGUUCGUUGGAAUUGAAAACAAGCAGAAACGACGUUGCCAAUGGACACGCAGUGAAAGAUGACAAGGCAGAAGGAAAAAUUGUUGCACGGCCAUCUACGGAUGAUGACUACGUGGGUGCGGUACCAUCUCCGCAACACAGGAGAUGUGUUAGUGUUGAUAUCAUUGCCAAAAUUCCUGCUAAUUAUAGUAGCAGUACUCCGAGUCCAAAAACUGGUUUGGGUAGAGGGGCUGACGGCUUAACCCGAACACAGAUUGACACAGCACAACCUUUCGAAUCUGUGAAGGCAGCCGUCUCAAAGUUUGGGGGGAUUGUCGACUGGAAGGCCCAUCGUGUGCAUACCGUGGAGAGACGGAAGUACAUUGAGCAAGAGCUCAAUAAAGCACAGGAGGAAAUGCCGUCGUAUAAGCAACAAUGUCAGGCAGCGAACGAGGCGAAAAUUCAAGUCCUGAAACAGCUAGAAAGCACUAAAAGACUGAUUGAAGAGUUAAAGCUUAAUCUUGAAAGAGCACAAACAGAGGAGCAGCAAGCAAAACAGGAUUCUGAACUUGCGAAGCUGAGGGUGGAAGAGAUGGAGCAAGGGAUUGCUGAUGAGGCUAGCUUUGCUGCAAAGGCACAGCUUGAGGUCGCCAAGGCACGACAUGCUGCUGCAGUUGCGGAGCUCAAAUCUGUCAAAGACGAGCUCGAGCAGCUCAGACGAGACUAUGAUUUGCUGAUAGCUGAGAAAGAAGCAGCUGAGAAAAAAGCUGAAGAAGCUCACUUUGCUUCUAAACAAGUUGAGAAGUCAGUCGAGAGUUUGACAAUCGAGCUCAUUACUCUGAAGCAGUCGCUAGAUUCUGCACAUUCUGCACAUCUGGAGGCCGAGGAACACAGAAUCGGAGCAGUUAUGGCUAAAGAGCAAGACAGUCUUAACUGGGAGGUGGAACUGAAACAGGCUGAGGAGGAGCUCGAGAAACUAAACCAGCAAAUGAUUACGACGAAAGAAUUGAAAUCAAAGUUGGCUGAAGCUAUGACACAGCUGCAGGAUUUGAAGGCUGAAUUGGCUGCUUAUAUGGAAUCCAAAUCAGAUGAAACCGGCAGCGAAGAUCCACUUAAAGAGCCUGCGACAAAAACUCGCGCAGACUUUGAGACUGCUAUCAAUGCAGCAAAGAACGAGCUUUCAGAUGUAAAGCUCAAACUCGAGAGAGCAACAAAGGAAGAAAACAUUUUGAAGGUGGCUUCCGCAUCAUUGAAAUCACAACUCGAGAAUGAAAAUGCAGAGCUUCAGGCCAUCCAGGAGAGGGAAGGAACAGCGUCCGCUGCAGCUACGUCUCUCCACGCGGAGCUGAACAGGAUCAAGUCCGAAAUCAAUGCCAUACGGAUGAAGGAGGAAGAGGAAAGAGAGAAAUUGGUUGAGCUUCCCUUGCAAAUGCAGAAGGCAGCUGAAGAAGUAGAACAAGCAAAAGAGCUAGCAAGGACAGCUGGUGAGGAACUCAAGAAAGCGAAAGAUGAAGCAGAUGAGGCAAAGGCAGGUGUCAGCACAAGGGAGGGAAAACUGCGCGCAGUUCAGAAAGAAAUCGAAGCUGCAAAGGCAGCCGAGAGGCUGGCACUGGCAGCUAUAAGCGCAUUGCAGGAAAGUGAAUCUGCUCAAAGGAACGUGGACGAGGAUUCAGUAAAUGGAAUCACACUAUCUUUAGAAGAGUAUUACGAGCUGAGCAAGAGGGCACACGAGGCCGAGGAGCAAGCAAACACGAGGGUGGCUGCAGCUAUGUCUCAAAUAGAGGCAGCCAAGGAGUCAGAGCAGAAGAGCUUGAAUAAACUGGAGGAAGUGAGCCAGGAUAUGUCUAAGCGGAAGGAUGCACUUGAGAUAGCAUUGCAGAAGGCCGAAGCAGCCACAGAGAGGAAACUGGGCGCUGAAGAGGAAUUACGGAAGUGGAGAGCUGAUCACGAACUGAAACGGAAGAAUGCUGAGUCCGGUACCUCAGCCACCGGUAAAAGUUCAAAAGAUGGGAAAGAUUCUAAGAAUCAAAAGUCUCCCAAGUCAGGCACCAGCAAAGGCACAGACACUCAAGAUGGGAAAUCUGGAAAGAAGAAGAAGAAAUCAUUCUUCCCGCGAAUCUUCAUGUUCCUGGGAAGAAAGAAGUCAUCACAUUCGUCUUCGAAGGGAGAGUAAUCGAUCUUUCUCAUUUACAACCAUUAUUGCUUCACUAUAGCUCUGCCACUAUGAUUCAACCAAAUUGAAUUAUACUCACUAUAUGUCAGGUUUAUAGGAGAGGACCAGAGUGACUGUUAAGACUGUUAUGUUAUCAUCUGUUGUAGAAAUACUCUCUGUAAAUCUUUGAAUGGCCUACUAGAAAUUCGAUUUUUUUUAAUGAAUAAUUUAGUGAUUUAUGGCAUUCAGAAAAUGAGAAGCCAUCAUCCUCUUUGACAA